ACGCAUACGUGGGGAAGAUGCUCAUCCAGCGUUUUUGCUGGGUCUUUUUGGUGUUUUUCCUCAGGGAAUUCCACAGUCAGUGUCGUCUCAAUCUGCCAGUUCCAAAGUGAUGGCAAGCUUGGACAAUGGCCCGGAGUGAAAUGUCAUCUACCUGCCGUAAUGAAGUAUAAGUAGUCUACGUCUGAGUUUGCAGGUGCUAACUACUGUUAUGUAGUACAUUUGUAGAGAAGGUGAGCGGUGCAGUGUACUGACUGUACGAGUCGGUAGCCUUCGUAUCAUCCCGAAUUUCCACUAGGGGGACCGCUCGACUUUCGGACGUUUGCACUUGCGACUGCAGCUUGCGGGAGCAGUGCAUUGCAAGUGACUAGAGCGUCCGCGUCAAUCUGAUUGAUAAGGACGCCCUGGACUCUUGCAGGCAUGCCUAUAACUUCACCGGCAGGUGCACUGGCUUCCAGCUGCGCCACAUCGGCAAUGGUAGCAACUAGUGGCCACCCCAAUGGUGGCUGCCCACUAUCGAUGCACCCCUCGCUUUCUGACUAUACAGUUAGGCUGAGAGACAUCAAGUUGACUGCCAACGUAUCGCCGGUGGAUGCUGACGGAACUAGUAUUAUUUCACUCACGGUACCAGCCAAGUAUCGUCAAGGUAAUGACAUUUUCCUGCCCGUAUCACUGUCACCUGGCAUUCGUGCUCGCACAUCCUUGUCCAAUUCCUCGUCACCGUCGCAGAUCGAUGUUGUAGGUGACGGGAUAGGUGAUGACUAUGCGCCAGAGUUUGACGCUGGUGAUCCCUGUGACACUCGCAGCAGCUCGCCUAUACCUAUUGGCGAGAACAUGGUCAGGAUCCUGCCGCAGAACACCGCCUUCGGCACGUUUGACCUUCCCGGCUUCCAUGCGCUACCCAAUCACACAAGCAACGUACAGCCGGCAUCUGCUGUUAGCGUCUUGACGGAACCCCUUCCUCACGGCAGCACUUCGAUGGCUACUGCCAUGGUUUUGCCACAUCAACACUACCACCACUCGGCGAUGCCAGUCAUGUUCGGAAUGAAUCCUGUGGGAAAUCAGCAAGAUGGAGGAAUGAUAGGUGUUGAGACACCUGUGCUGCGGUGCACUGCACAGCCACUUUACAUACCCAACUCAAGAUCAUCAUCUACGAUCGCCUCCCACUCUGCAUCCAAUGUGGUCGGCUCCUCGACUUCGUCUGGCUGCAUUAGUGUGCUGUCCUCGCCCAGUCUUGGCUCCGUCAUGGGCUAUGCUCAUCAAGCCGACGGCAGUCCUGGCAGCAACUCUUCUCGACCAUCUCCUCGCCCUCACACAUGCUACGUGUGCAAUGAAGGCCACGCUACCGCGGCAGCUCUGUACACGCACAUGGAGACGGCGCACAAUGAGAAACUGAAGAACUUGUUCACUUGUGAGAAGUGUGGCGCGUCGUUUCUACGUCGCUAUCGCUACCACGAGCACGUUCAUGCGUAUCAUACAGGGGAUGGCGAGAGGCAGUUUGUUUGCGACUAUCCCGACUGCGGCAAGAAGUACCGCUAUCGGCGGCACCUGCGUCGACAUGUUCGCAUCCACGGCGAUGUGAAUGAGUUCCGUCGGCAUGAGUGUGAUAUCUGUGGCAAGCGCUUCCCACGCGUCUCGCAGCGUGAUGAGCACCGCAACAUUCAUACCGGUGAGAAGCCGUUUGUCUGUGAGAUCUGUGGCUCGUCUUACAGUCACUCGUCCACACUCUGGCUGCAUCGUAAGCGGCACGAGAACGGCAAGAUUGACGACAAAGGCCAACCGAUCGGCAGUACCAGCGGUCGGGACGAGGAGCAAGACGAAAUAGAUGUCCUGAACGACUCCAGUGACCCCUCGUGGCAUGCGACCGGCAUGAUGUCAGCUGCCGAUGGUCACGAGCUUGCUUCUGGUGACGUGGCAAGCGCGGCGACUGGCGUGGCUCACAGCCAGUCUGUUAUUGUACAGAGUGUAGAUGCCCUGGAUAAUAGUGCGCAGGUGCUCGUCUCCUACUCUGAUUCCGAUCUCCUGCCAUGAGCAAGCCGACGAGCAGCUGCCGCUGCGUUGUUACUCGGAGAAUAUCUAAUCCACCUGAUACGUCCAAACUCGUGUUUGUUCACGUUUAUAAUGUACCUCGACCAUCUGCCGCUGCUGCUACUACUGCUGCUGCAGACCCCUCACUAGGCACUACGGCCAACACACUAGCGCUCUUGUCCGUAGUCUGCUUACAGCUGGGGACUAUUUUUCGACGUCUCGCUGCCCUGUGUGGUAAUAGCACGCAUGGUGUUGUUGUCGCGUUCGUCUUCUUCGUCGUGUUUUUCUCCAUAUGCGGAGUUUUUCUUUCUGGCUUUCUUUCGUCAGCCUUGUUGUAGACCCAUCUUAGCGUUGUGGUCUGUGUGUGUGUGUGUGUGUGUGCCUUUAUUUCGGCCCAUUUUAGCACCUGUUUUUCUUUCGUCCGCUUUCUUUGCUGUUCACCCAGAUACUCGGAUGAAUUGUUCUUCCCCACUUCUUACUUUGUUCCUCUAGUUGGAUCAGGUUGUUUAGUCCGUGUUCUCUCACUCUUCAUCUGACAGCCUAUUGCUGCCAUCUUGUUGACAAUUGCCCAUAUUGGCUAUUUUCAUAAUACACUUUACAGGCUCUCUAACUCCGAGCUCUCCUCUCUUUUGUUGAUCUGACAGGCUAUUGCUGAGAUUUUGUUGAUCCGACAGGCUAUUGCUGCAAUCUUGUUGAUUUGGCAGCCUAUUGCUGUGAUCUUGUUGGUCUGACAGCCAAUUGCUGCGAUCUUGUUAAUUUGGCAGCCCAUUGCUGCAAUCUUGUUCUACAGCCUAUUGCUGCGAUUUUGUUGGUCUGACAGCCUAUUGCUGCCAUUUUCUUGAUUUGACAGCCUAUUGCUGCGAUCUUGUUGAUCCGACAGCCUAUUGCUGCGAUCUUGUUGAUCCGACAGCCUAUUGCAAGGAUCUUGUUACCUGACAGCCUAUUGCUGCUAUCUUGUUGAUCGUACUGCCUAUUGCUGCGAUCGCGUUAAUCUGACUGCCUAUUGCGGCGAUCUUGCUGAUCUGACAACCUAUUGCAAGGAUCUUCUUUGACAACAGCCCAUACUGGCAUUAUCAUCACACACCCAACUGAACUCUGUCUCCAUGCUGAGUUUUUUUUCUUUUUUUCUUUUUUUUUUAUCCGACGCCUUAUUGGUGACAUCUAAUUGAUCUGACUGCCCAUUGCCAGGAUCUUCUUGACUAUUGCCCAUACCGGCAUAUUCAUCAUGAAAUUCAUGCAGCUAGCUGUGUGCUCAGUCUGACGAACAAAUUAUAUAAUUAUUUAACCGUCUCCAAGUCUGACGGACAAAUGUAUUAUGUUUUUCCAACAGCUGGCAUGCUUUUUGCUAGCUGCUCAUGUGCAUACGCUGCUUUCUGCUGUCAGUCCUUAGUCUUUGAUGUGCAAGCUUGACCAGCACACAGCCCGGUUUUGAAUUACCAACUUAGGACAGGUUUUGUGGAUUACAAGUUCCUGAUGCUCAGUGCACUGAAUAAUCAGCACGAGCCCCUUAUUUCAUCAAAAUAAUUAUUUUAAAAAUCUACACUAUCGUACUGCUUUUAAAAAUCUACUUAGUAAUCAAGAUGAUGACUUUUAUAAUUACAAGCACUAGCA